AUGAAAAGAUUUCGUACACAUUUUAAUGGAUAUUCAGUAGAGUUUAGUCCAUUCGAGGAACAAAGAUUGGGUUGUGUAACAUCACAACAUUUUGGUAUUAUUGGAAACGGUAGACAGUAUAUAUUGGAUGUAUUAGAAAGAGAUAUAGGUUCAUUUAAACAAUUUGAUACAAGGGAUGGUUUAUAUGAUUGUACAUGGAGUGAAGAAAAUGAAUGUCAUAUUGCAUCUUCAUCAGGAGAUGGUUCAAUUAAAAUUUGGGAUACACAAGCACCAAAUGGUGGAAGACCAAUUAAAAGUUUUGAGGAGCAUACAAAAGAGGUUUAUAGUGUAGAUUGGAAUCUUGUGCAUAAAGAUACAUUUAUUACAGGUUCAUGGGAUCAAAGCAUUAAAAUAUGGAAUCCCAGAAUGGAAAGAUCACUAAAAACUUUUAGAGAACACAGAUAUUGUAUAUAUAGCGCUAUUUGGUCACCAAGAAAUGCACAUAUGUUUGCAUCUGUUAGUGGUGAUAGAACUUUAAAAAUUUGGGACUCAAGAGAUAAUAGAUCAAUAAAUACUAUCAAAGCACAUGAUCACGAAAUUUUAACAUGUGAUUGGAAUAAAUAUAAUGAUAAAGAGGUUGUUACAGGUUCAGUUGAUAAAACAAUAAGAAUUUGGGAUAUUAGAUAUCCAGAUAGACCAGUUCAAAUUUUAAGAGGCCACACUUUUGCAGUUAGAAGAAUUAAAUGUUCGCCACAUUCCGAAUCGAUGCUCGCUUCUUCUUCAUAUGAUAUGUCAGUUAUAGUUUGGGAUAGAGCAAGAGAACAAGAUCCAAUUUUAGCUAGAUUAGAUCAUCAUACAGAGUUUGUUGUAGGUUUGGAUUGGAAUAUGUUUGUUGAUGGACAAAUGGCAUCUUGCUCUUGGGAUGAACAAGUUUGUGUUUGGAAUCUCGGAAGACCACAAUUCCAAAGAUAA